UCCACCUGUCCCCUCCACAGACCACACACACACAUAUUCCCAUCAUGUCGCUUGCGAGAGUAGGAAGGUUCGCCUGCCUCCGCGCUGGCAGGCUCGCCGCUCCUGUCAAUGCCCGUUUUGUGUCGACCGCCGACGGCUCCGUCCAGACCAGCCCUGCUGAUGCCCCGACCAUCCCUCACAAAGACAGCACAUUGAUCCGCAAGGAGAGUCCUUCGCAGGCAAUGGCUCGUCACCAGCCCGAUUACGAGGCCACCAUUGACCACGCUACUUCGCAAUUCUCCCCCGUGCCCAAGCGGGUCAUGGAUGGCAGCGAGCCUGGUGACACCGUCGCCGCUGCUGUUCUGUCCGGCGCUCCCACCGAUCUGCAGGCUCGUACCGUCCGGAUCUACCGCCCUACGAAGCCCGCUACUCAGUCUGGAACCUGGCACGGUCACCACUGGCGAAUGGAUUGGGAUAUCUUGCAGAAGGGUCACCGGUGGGAGAACCCUCUGAUGGGCUGGCAAUCUUCCGCCGACUGCAUGCAGGGUACCAACCUCAAGUUCAAGACCAAGGAGGACGCCAUCCUGUUUGCGCAGAAGCAAGGUUACGAGUACUUCGUUCAGGAGCCCAAUGAGCGCCGGUUCGUUCCCAAGUCGUACUCCAACAACUUCCUCCACGAGCCGAAGAAGCUCAAGCACAUCAAGACCAAAUAAAUUGAGUUAUUCUUCGCGUCUCGUGUACAUAAGUGCAGGCUUUUGUUCUAGUUCUGAAUCAUGCUUGGAGGUUAAUUACAUUGUUUUCAAACACUUCAACCUCCUUACACUUUCAAGUCCAUGGCUUGUUUUCGUCACCGGAGAGGCUUUUGCAUUACCAGAGGUGCCUUCCAGAAGAAGGUGAUUAACAUGGCACCUACUCAUGGAUCAGGUCAGGAUACAGUCUUUUCAAUGAUUCCCUCAUGGUACAUAUGCUACAGAGAUAUGAGUAACUAGAUGCCAUAGGCUCACUUGGGUCACAUCAGCAUUCUCAGUCUGAAGAUCUUACUCUCCGCAUGCUGCCACAUGC